UCAAUCUUUCUAUUAAAGUAAAACACGACAUCUUGUGGCUUAAAAAACAUUGGAAAGUUUCCUAUGUCACAAAUAACCCCUGCAGGGAUAGGCAGGGGAUUAUGCGUGGUCGGUAAUUUAUAAUUCCCUCGAAACAUCAUCUCAGUGUCAGUUAACCGUUGGCAACCUGCGGUAGUGCUUCACACCUCAGAAGAAGACUUAUUAGAGUCAGCUUAAGAAAUAACGGACAUUGCUUACCAGGUAUAACAAAUCUGAUAUGCUUCAUAUGGCUGGUCGACAAGUUUCAUUUUUUACCGCGUUGUUAUUCAUUUCUCUCGUGUUCCGUGACAUUGCCAGUCAGCAAUGUCACGGAAUAUACUCGAUUUAUCGAAUGAUGCUUCAGGGCCAUACCUAUAAGACGUUCAAGACGACAACAGGUAUGCUGGAAUGCAGAGAGACUUGUCUCGCUGAUGACAGAUGUCAAAGCUUUAAUGUCGUCAUGGGCAUUGCAAUAUGUGAGUUGAACAACCGGAAUAAAGAGGCCAGACCAGAGGACUUUGUCAAGGACGAGAACAGAUAUUACAUGGCAAAAGAUUCAAACAGAGUUCCCCUGGGGUCAAUCCGUGAGCUGCCUGCUGAAUCGUGCGAGGAGAUCAAGGCGAGUGAAGGAGGACAGGCAGUUAACGGUAAUUAUUGGCUGGAUUCCACAAGAUCUGGGAACUCUACUUUAGCUCGUUGCGACAUGAAUACAAAAGAAUGUGGGCCUGUUGGUGUGGCAGACAAAAAUGCAAUCUCAGAUGCCAGAAUGACAGCAAGCACAGUCUUUGAUACAAGAUUUUAUCCAUACUAUGGCCGACUCCAUGAAAACAGGGGAUAUGGAGGAUGGUGUCCUAAGACUGUAACUGACAGAACAGACUAUCUUCAAGUUGAUAUGGGUACAAUGCUGUCUGUUUGUGCUGUGGCCACCCAAGGAGAAAAGAUAAACCAUGAAAGAACCACCAGCUAUAAACUGCACCUAUCCACAGACGGUGUAGCUUGGAACGCUUACAAGGAAACCAGCACUGCAAAGGUUUUCCCAGGAAACUCAGACCAAAACACCGUCGUAAAGCAUUUUCUCAAUACCGACGUCAUGGCCAGAUACGUUCGGUUUUAUCCUGUCACGUACCACAAUUUUCCAUGUUUGAGAGUUGAAAUAUUUGUGCGAAAAUGAUGGAAUUUAAAAUUUUCUUUCUUUUAUGCACAAAUUAAAUGUAGAUAAUACUGUACAAUGGGAACUUUUAAUGCUCAAGCUAAGCCUAUCAAUAUUUAGUUUGAAUUGAGAAAUAACGUGAUCACCAACAAAAUAUGUUAGUCACAGUCUUGUUUCAUUUAAA